UUAGACUUUAUCUUUGAUUCCACAUAAAUAACGCCAUGAUAAUGAAAAUAGUAAUUUGUAAAACUAUUAAAGAGUCAUAUAAAUCUCUUUAUCAAGAAUUUGUGAUUAAUUUAUUAGCAUUUCAUAUUGUCGAGUAGUCGGGAUCUGACGUCUUUGCUGAGACAAAAAUAAUUCAGCUUCUAUGUCGUCCAGGAUCUUGUUUCUUACUUAUGGCAGGAAAGAGUUUACUCCCGCAGAGCCAGUAGCGGUGAUAACCCUCCGGCCCCGCAAGUCGCGCAAGAAGGUCGUCUGGACGGACGACACCGUUGACAAUGAGCACAUGAACAAGAAGAAGUCCAAAUGUUGCUGCAUUUACGAGAAGCCGAAGGCUUUCGGCGAAUCAGAUUCGGAAGACAGUGACGAUGAGUGCGAGCACUGCUUCGGCCACGUCGAGAAACGGCACAAGCAAGCGGGCGGCAGCACAGUCACUACGGAUGAACAGGACGGCGCCACACACACAGAGCCAACGGCCAGCCUCACGCUGCAGCCCGCGCCGGUGCCCGCCCCCGCGCCCGCGGAGCCCGCACCCGCGCCCGCGCCGCACAACUAACGAGUACCACAUAUCACUACGCCUAUACUGUUACUGGAACAUUAUCGCGAAAAAAGAUUCAAAUCCUUUUUUUUUCCAAAAUAAGUAAAUUUAAUGUUUUUCCUAGUCAAAAUCACGAGCCCUUUCGACCCUACUAGGUAAAAAAAGCGUCCUUAAUUUAAUUUUU